AUGGUAUGUGUACAAUUUUCAUUUCGUCACCAACCCCUUCGAGGUGCGCUUUUCAUGAUGAGGCAAGAAAUUCACAGACCUGUACCGAAAGUAUACAUGUGGAAACAACUUCAGUCCAACCGCUGUCUGACAUACAAGCGCUAUUCACCUCCAUUUGUUACUGAUCACUUUGAGGAGCCUUGGCUAACAUCAAAAAGCCUUCACAGAGCACAAGACGCCCAAGGCGAAACCCCACACUUGAAUCAUCAAGAGCCUCUGCAGAGCAAAAUACGCUCAGAGGAAACCAAUCCAUUUGAACCACGGCACUGCACCUACGAGUCUUGCGCUCGCUAUUGUCGGUGGCCCUAUGUCUUCUGGAGGCGGGAUUCUGGUCUAUCAGUCAGGCGCACCGAAGACACAGGGACGAAACAAACACAUGUCAGAAGCCAAACUGUCUACAAGCAAAGCGGAACAAACGUCAGAUGCACACUGCCUAUAAUCAAAGCGUAA